AUGGAUCAAACUGUUCAUAUUAUUGAUGUCAAGUGUGGCAACUUACAGUCUCUCUCAAAUGCUAUAAAGCGAAUUGGAGACUACAAAAUUGUGUUUAUUGAAGAUGCAAGUGACUUCACCAAAUAUGAUGAUAGUAUCUCGAAAUUGAUCUUCCCUGGUGUCGGAAACUAUGGUCAUUUCGUUAAAGAGUUGAGUGAAAGAAAUCUUUUUGAGCCAAUUCGGACAUACAUCGAGAGUGGUAGAGAUAUAAUGGGUAUUUGUGUUGGUCUCCAGGCAUUUUUCAAGUCGUCGGAGGAGAGCAAGGGAAUUGAUGGAAUGAACCUCUUGGACUUAGAUUUGCUAAAGUUCUCCAGCAAUGACCCAUGCUUUGCAGCACACAAUCAGCUUAAAUCUAUUCCCCACAUUGGAUGGAACACAAUCAGUGAGAUUCACCAUGAUUCCAAAAUCGUGGAAUCAAACACAACACUUUUCAAUCUAAAUGUCCGUGACAAAUAUUACUUUGUCCACUCAUAUGCUGCAAUUUUAAAGGAUGAGAAGGCUGUUGAAAAGCUAAAAGCGGCUGAAGCAAAAGGAUGGGACUUUGCUCUCUCAAAGUACGGUUCUGAAACGUUUUUGGCUGCAGUUGCUUAUAAGGGUUUGUUCGCAACGCAAUUUCAUCCUGAAAAAUCCGGAGUCGUGGGGCUUAAAAUUAUCAAGGCAUUUUUGGAAGGACAAAAGUUCUCUGAGUCUAAUGACAUUUCUACUUCAAGUGUCGAAGGACUUGAAACUACAGUCGGUGGUUUAUCCCGCAGGAUUAUCGCAUGUCUUGAUGUUCGAACCAAUGAUUCUGGUGACCUUGUUGUAACUAAAGGUGAUCAAUAUAAUGUGAGAGAAACAUCUGAAAGUGGAGAGCUGAACGUCAGAAACCUAGGCAAACCGGUAGAGCUUGCCACGAAAUAUUACUUGCAAGGUGCUGAUGAAAUCACGUUUUUAAACAUUACUUCUUUCAGAAAUUCUCCGAUCAAGGAUUUGCCGAUGCUUGAAGUUUUAAAAAGAUCAGCAGCACAAAUUUUUGUCCCUUUGACAGUCGGUGGGGGUAUCAAGGAUAUGGUGGAUCCGGUCACCGGUGAACUAUACCCAGCAGUUAAGAUUGCUGACUUAUACUUUCGCUCUGGUGCUGAUAAAGUUAGCAUUGGCUCGGAAGCAGUCACGAUUGCGGAGUCUUAUUACGCCAACGGGAAGAAAAAGACUGGCAAAAGUGCCAUUGAAACAAUUUCUUCUUGUUUUGGUAACCAAGCUGUGGUCAUCUCGGUUGACCCCAAGAGAAAAUACGUAUCCAACCCAUCUGAUACAUCCAUGUCCGUUAUAAAAAUUGAGGAUCCUAACAGCUUUGGUCCUAACGGCGAAGAAUAUUGUUAUUAUCAGGUAACGUCUCAAGGUGGCCGCAAAACCCACGAUCUUGGAGCUUUAGAGCUUUGUCUUGCUUGCGAAGAUUUGGGAGCAGGAGAAAUACUUUUGAAUUCCAUUGAUUACGAUGGCACGAAUAUGGGUUUUAAUCUUCAAUUGUUAAGACAAAUCAAAGAAAACGUCUCGAUUCCCGUUAUUGCUAGCUCUGGAGCGGGGAAACCAGAACACUUUGAAGAAGUUUUUAAAAUGGAUUGUGGUGUUGAUGCAGCGCUUGGCGCAGGUAUGUUCCACAGAGGAGAUUAUGAUGUGUUGACGGUUAAAAAGUACUUACAGGAACAUGGAAACAUGGAUGUCAGGAUAGACACUCAAAUCGAAUUAUGA